AUGGCAGGAUACCAGCUCUGGUCACCAUGGACCCCACUAGACGAGAGCUUCCAAUGGCUGCGUCACACAACACCUACACCUUCCUCCAAGCACCCCUUUAGGGCUUCCCCCCGUUUCCCACACACCCCUUCUGACCUUGAAGUGCAGCUAUGCUUUCAGGAGGUUACUCUAGUCCUUGACAGCCCAUUUGUGGAAACUGGAGUGAGUCCCAAGUUACCCUGCCACAUGUCAGACCUCCGAACCAUGAACAACAAGAAAGGACUGGUCAGGAGGCCCAAGCCUGUCCGCCUCAAUGGAGUGGAUUCUGUCUUUGGUAGGGUCAUCACAGCUCAGCCACCAAAGUGGACUGGAACCUUCAGAGUUUCAGACAAGUCAGCCUUUUGCAAAAUCAUCAGCAGGGAGCACCAGUGGCCCACUGGACUUAAGGAGCCUCAGAUUCAGAUGACAGUGACUAUGUGCAAACAGAUGCUGCGCUCUAUCCUCUUGCUGUAUGCAACGUACAAAAAGUGCACCUUUGCCUUGCAACACUCCAAGUAA